CAUUUAAAAAAUCAAUCCUGGAAACUAGAAUAAAUGAUAGAAAUAAAUAUUAUGAUUAAGUUCGCUGUCUUUAUAUAAUAAUAAUAUUUAUAAAAAACAAUGUGCAUUAAUGAGACAGUAUAUAUAGGUAGUUAGUAGACAUACGUAUGGUGUACAUAAUAUAAAAAUUUGAACUAUUAUAACUACAUUUUCUAGUCAGAGUUUGAUUAAGUGUUUAUUUAAGGAGAAAAUAAGUUUUAUAUCGAGGAUAACUAGAAAUAAUUUAUUGUAAUUGUAGGAAUAAAAAUGGCUUUUAAAACGAAUCUAAUAGAACUGCCUCUCUUACUCAUGUUCCUUGCUUUGGAAUUAUUGGGUCCUGUUGGAACAAAUCUAACACUAUAUCGUACCUGCUACAUAAUAUUAGGACAUAACCAAACAGAAUGUGCCUUGUUAGGAAACACAGAGAGUCCUGCAUUAAAUGAUUUACAAAAGAAAGUUCAACCAACAGUAAAUGUUAUAAGUUCAGUCAGUGACAUAGUUAGUCAAGUAGUUGGAUUAACUAUUUGUUUGUUUGCUGGUCAAUGGUCCGAUAGGUUUGGAAGGAAACCCAUGCUGUUGGCGUCGCAAAUAGGCCAUUUUUUUAGUAUGUUAAUCAUGGUAGUGUUGAGUGCCAUUCCUUCCAUAAAUCCAUGGUAUUUCAUGUUGUCGACAGUACCGGUAAUGUUAACUGGGGGAUUUGCAACAUUUUUAGUGACAAUAUUGUCAUACUUUUCUGAUAUUAGCACUGAUGAAACUAGAGGAAUGAGAAUGGCUAUGUUGGAAGGGAUGUUAGGAGCCGGCCAGCUAUUUGGUAGUCUUUGUAGUUCCUAUAUAUAUUAUGCAACUAACUACCCGUCCAUGUAUGGUAUUGCAGCUGGAAUAAUGGGAUUAAACAUAAUUUAUAUUUAUUUCUUUUUAUCCGAGUCUUUGGAAAAUAUUGAACAUAAAAAAAGUUGGAAGGAUAUGUUAAAACCCUCGGACCUAAAAGGAAUGUUUCACGUAUUAACCAAACCAAGAGAAUACUUCAAGAGAGCGAUAAUUUUAUUAAUGACUCCGAUUAUGGUGUUGUAUAUUUUCAUAUCCCAGGGUGAUGGUGGUAAAACAUACGUUUUCUUAAUGGGGAAGUUUAACUGGGACUUGCAACAUUACACUAUUUUUAACAGUGUAACUAUCAUAAUCUUCGUUAUCGGUACUCUCGGUGGUACCUACGUUUUCAAGAAGUUGAAAGUAACCGAAUCAGUGGUUGUACUAUUAGGUUUGCUGUGCACAUUCAGCAGUGACUUAGUACGAGGACUUGCAACAAAAUAUUUUCAUAUUUAUAUUGCGGCUGCAGUAAGAUUUAUUUCUGGAAUAGUAAGCCCACAAUGCAGAACCCUAAUCUCAAAAUUAGUACCUGUUAACGAAAUGGCCAAAGUAUUUGCUUUGAUAAUGGUGAUUGAAUUUGUUAUUAGUGUAGGAGCUGCGCCAUUUUAUACUUUGAUUUACAAUUCCACGGUCAAGACUGAUCCUGGGUUUUAUAAUUUUGUAUCUUGUGGACUUUUAGGCAUCGACAUGAUUAUAAUUCUAGUUGUAAUGUUACUGGAAUAUAAAACAGCUUUAAUCUAUGCGAAAGUAGACACCAAAGAGGAACACACUACACCAGAAACAUUUUCUGAGACAAAUAAUUAAAUAUAAAUGGUAAAUGUACCAAAACAUUAAUUUCACGAAUAUUUUGUUUAUUAACAACGUAACAACGAACAUUUUUGGUCACCUUUGGUAACUUUUUUGGUCAUUGAUACGGGAGCAAAGGUUUACAAUAGUAUUAGUCCGUCCCACCUUGACUUGAGAGUAUAGGGAACAUAGGCAAUGCAGUCCUUAUGAGAGUUUUUAGCGCGGUGAUGCCGAUUUUAUCAAAAAGAAUUUGUAAUCGAACAUUAGAGAGAUUAAAUUAAAACUGUUUUAGAAAGACAAUCUACAAUUUUAGGAUUCGUAUGCGUUUAAGUCUAUUUGAUAUACUACAGUUAUUACGCAUAUAAAUCCUAAAAUUGUAGAUUGUCUUUCUAAAACAGUUUUAAUUUAAUCUCUUUAAUAUUCGAUUACAAAUUCUUUUUGAUAAAAUCGGCAUCGCCGCGCUAAAAACUCUCAUAAGGACUGCAUUGCCUAUGUUCCCUAUACUGUAAAGUCAAGGUGGGACGGACAGGUACAUAAUAUGUGAUGUGAGUAUUUACAUUAUAGAUACUUAAGCAGUUAAAGAAUAUUUUUCUAAAGAUGUCUGUAAUCUAUUAUGUUUAGAAUGUCAAAGAAGAAGACCAACGACAGACACAUGUCAGCGGGGUAACGUCAUUCCGACUAGCGUCAUGUAACUUGUAAGUUGUAGCUUCUUGAUUGCUAAUAAAGAUUUGUAUGAUUGUAUAAACAA